GAGCAUCCGGGUCGAACAUCCCGGUUGAGCAUCUCUGCUGAGCAUCCUUGCGUCGCAGCGGCCGGAGACGCGUCAAGGUGACCAGGCCGGCUGCGUGAUGGCGGAGAAGGCAUUGGAGGCCGUGGGCUGUGGACUGGGCCCUGGGGCUGUGGCCAUGGCUGUGACACUGGAGGACGGGGCAGAGCCCCCUGUGCUGACCACGCACCUAAAGAAGGUGGAGAACCAUAUCACAGAAGCACAGCGCUUCUCUCACCUGCCCAAGCGCUCUGCUGUGGACAUCGAGUUCGUGGAACUGUCCUAUUCCGUGCGGGAGGGGCCCUGCUGGCGCAAACGGGGUUACAAGACCCUCCUCAAGUGCCUGUCUGGUAAGUUCUGUCGCCGAGAGCUGAUUGGCAUCAUGGGCCCCUCUGGGGCUGGCAAGUCCACAUUCAUGAACAUCUUGGCAGGGUACAGGGAGUCGGGGAUGAAGGGGCAGAUCCUGGUUAACGGGAGGCCGCGCGAGCUGAGGACCUUCCGCAAGAUGUCCUGCUACAUCAUGCAGGAUGACAUGCUACUGCCUCACCUCACAGUCCUGGAGGCCAUGAUGGUCUCUGCCAACCUGAAGCUGAGUGAGAAGCAAGAGGUGAAGAAGGAACUGCCCUGAACCAGGCCUGGGUGUGGAGUCUGGUGAAUGGCUCCAUGGCUGGAGGCCAGCUCCCCUGCUUGCAGCCUUCUGGGGACUCCAUCCUUGCUAAUCUAAUCAGAGCUAAGUAUCUUUCAUCCAGGUGUCGAUCUGGAUGCCCCACCCCACCUUCCUGAUUGACAUCUCCUUCUCCUCUCCCCAGCACCCAGCCCUUAGUCAUCACAUCCUUCUUUUGGUAGCUCUCAGUGUUUGCCUGGUCCCUAAUGCUUGAGAUCUGGGCAUCAUCAGGAUUCAUAUCCCUGCUGUCAGUCCCCCAAGCACCUUUCUCCAACCUGUAGCCAGAAUGGGCUUUCUAAAUGACAAGUCUGGCAAGCGCCACUCUUCCUGCUUCAGUCCAUGCAAUGAGUCCCAUUUGCCCUCAAGAUAGUCAAUGGUUUCUUCUCUGGUCUUUCAUAUUUUAUGUUUUAAUAAUGCUAAGCUGCUAUUCCCAUUGAAGUCUGUGUUUUAAGCCCCUCAGCUUGACCCUUGCUAUGUCUUCUGUGUGGAAUACCCUUCAUCACAACACCUUCCAUUGUCCCCACACCAGCUAACUCUUGCUCUUUCUAGACUCAGGACCCUUCCCUGGCUGUCUGCACCCCUUGCUAUAGCAUAGCAUGGCAUGACUGACCCCUGGCCAGUUUUUCAGUUUGUGUUGCUAUUCCACAUUUUACUUCUCCCUCAAGUCAACCACAGGCUUGUCUGUCUGUCUCUAGACCAGUCUAGCAUGAGCCCUUGCCACCCCAGCCCCUGGUACACAACAGGUGCUUGGCAUAUGGUUUUUAAACUGAGCAGUGCUCUGGGCUUGCACACAUCUGAACCACAGGAGGUGUGCAGGAUUUGGGGGGUUGUCUGUUUACUUUCUGUGACUGUAACAAAGGUCAUGGCCAAAAGCAAUGUGGGGAGAGAGGAAAGGGUUUAUUUGACUUACACGUUCAGUUCACAGUCUGUAGUUAAGGGAAAUAAAGGCAGGAACUCAAACAGGAGCAGAGCCAGGGGCCAUGGAGGAAUGCCAUUUACCCGCUUGCUCUCUGAGGCUCAUUCAGUUUGCUUUUUAUACAACUCAGGACCACCUAACAGGGAGUGGCACCGCCCACAGUGGGCUCUGCCCUCCCUUAUCAAUCAUUAAUCAGGAAAUGACCUCACAGGCUACUCUGAUGGAAGCAUCUUCUCAAUUAAUGUCCCCUCUUCCCAGAUGACUCAAGUUUGUGUCAAGUUGACAAAGACUAACCAGUUCAGGGGUGGCCAGAGGGGUGCCUUCCCACUAGUUCCAUCCCUUUCACAGAAGCCGCCCCGCCUUACUCACCCCUUCUUAGCCAUAUCCACCUCACUGGUCCCUGGUGACCUCUCUCUGGACAGCGGUCUAGACAGCGCUUCUUGUUUCCAAGUGGUGUCCCUCAUGAAGUCCCUGGCCCAUGGGGGCCGCACCGUCAUCUGCACCAUCCACCAGCCCAGUGCCAAGCUCUUUGAGAUGUUUGACAAGCUCUACAUCCUGAGCCAGGGGCAAUGCAUCUUCAAGGGCGUGGUUACCAACCUGAUUCCCUAUCUGAAGGGGCUUGGCUUGCACUGUCCCACCUACCACAACCCCGCUGACUUCAUCAUUGAGGUGGCCUCUGGAGAGUAUGGAGACCUGAACCCCAUGCUGUUCAGGGCUGUGCAGAAUGGCCUUUGCACCAUGGCCGAGAAGAAGAGCAGCCCUGGGAAGAAUGAGCUCCCUGCCCACUGCCCCACUUGCCCUCCGGAGCUGGAUCCUAUUGAAAGCCACACAUUUGCCACCAGCACCCUAACCCAGUUCUGCAUCCUCUUCAGGAGGACUUUCUUGUCCAUCCUCAGGGACACGGUCCUGACCCACUUGCGGUUCAUGUCACAUGUGUUGAUCGGCGUCCUCAUUGGCCUCCUCUACCUGCACAUUGGCGAUGAUGCCAGCAAAGUCUUCAACAACACCGGCUUCCUCUUCUUUUCCAUGCUCUUCCUCAUGUUUGCAGCCCUCAUGCCGACCGUGCUCACCUUUCCCUUAGAGAUGGCGGUCUUCAUGAGGGAGCACUUGAACUACUGGUAUACUCUCAAAGCCUAUUACUUGGCCAAGACCAUGGCUGAUGUGCCCUUCCAGGUGGUAUGCCCAGUGGUGUACUGCAGCAUCGUGUACUGGAUGACAGGCCAGCCAGCCGAGACCAGCCGCUUCCUGCUCUUCUCAGCCUUGGCCAUAGCCACCGCCUUAGUUGCCCAGUCUUUGGGACUCUUGAUUGGCGCUGCCUCUACCUCCUUGCAGGUGGCCACUUUUGUGGGCCCAGUGACUGCCAUCCCUGUCCUCUUGUUCUCCGGCUUCUUCGUCAGUUUCAAGACCAUCCCCACUUACUUGCAAUGGAGCUCCUACCUCUCCUAUGUUAGGUAUGGCUUUGAGGGUCUGAUCCUGACCAUCUAUGGUAUGGAGCGAGGACACCUGACCUGCUUAGAUGAACAGUGCCCAUUCCGGGACCCACAAAUCAUUUUGCGUGAGCUGGAUGUAGAGGAGGCCAAACUCUACAUGGACUUCCUGGUCCUGGGCAUUUUCUUCCUUGCCCUGCGGCUGCUGGCAUACCUUGUGCUCCGGUACCGGGUCAAGUCUGAGAGAUAGAGCCUGGCUCCUACCUCUUCUGGGCAGGAAGGCCCCAGUUCCAGCCCUUUGGGGCUGUUUUAAACUUGUACUUGGGCAUUGGUUGCUGGUGCAGCUGCCCUCCUCUCCCUCGGCUGCUACUCAGGCUGGCUGGCUGUGGGCUGUGUCUCCCAGUCUCAGCCCCGGAGGUAGGGCUCCAGCCCUCCCGUCAAGGCCAGGAGUCUUCCCAAGUUGAUGCAGUUGGUAGCUUCUUCCCUACUGUCUCCAACACCUGCAUGCAAAGACUGCUGGGAGGUUGCUGCCCUCCUCUGCGGAAAGCACCCUCCUCUGUUGUUUGCCUGGGAGCUCCACGUUCUCUAGGCCUUGACUUACAAGUGAUCAGAUUGACUCCCCUCUGGGGUCCCCGCCACACUCUGCUAUCAGGUUGGAGUCCCAGGGCUGGGCCCUGGUGGGGUCUCCAGGGAGUCCCAUCAUGGACAUUGAAUGGAGCAAGGAGGGACUCUGGAAGCUUCCUCCUCUUUCUCUUUCCCUCCCAACACCCACUUUGGCUAAUUUGGACUAUCUGUUGGGACAGAAGCCGGGCUUUCUGUCUGGGCCACCACUCCCAAUCCUGGAGAUUGGAGAGAGCAUAGGAUGUCCCGGCCCCUUCCCUAAGCCUUCGGUCUGGAUAGACCUCAACAUCACCUCUGCAAUAAUGUCUGUGUCACUCUCCCAUCGGCCACAGGACCUGGAGAAUGCACUUUAUUCUGGGGGGUGAGGCGGGGAAGCCCCCAUCCUCCUUCCUUGCUGCUCCUGGGGCUCAGUUCCACAGGCUCCUUUCCUCUCCAGAAUCACAUCACAGGCACACAAAGGCCGCCAGGCAAUCUCAGCCCUACACAGGCACCAUCCCUUGUGGCUCAGAGGAAGAGUGGCCGUGGCAGGGAGCAGUCCCAACGUCCUCCUGCAGAAUCCCACUUUGGAGGCUAAGAAUGAGACUGGUGUGACCCAGUAUGACUCCAGGCUCGGCAGGUGUCUAUCUCCCAGUCUUCCCUCCCUCUUGAGCCCGGGGUGGCGCUGGCCUUCUGGAGGUCAGAACCCAACAAGCACAAGAAUGGGCAUAGCUGGCCUCGGCCACUGCUCCCCCAUGGCCCUCCUUUUGUGCCCCAAGCUGACACUCACUCACCUGCCCCUCCUCCAGCUGCCUGCUGCUCACUCAAACUUCUGUUCACAUGUAUUCAUCUUCCGGUCAGCAGCUGGUUCCUGGACAUCAGAGCGGCGGGGCCUGGACAUCAGGUGGCAGACACACCUGUCUAUCUUCUUGGUGGGUCCAGGAUCAUCCUAUAUCUGGUUUCUCCUCCUCCAGGACUCUUUCCCCAGUCCCUGUGCUCACUCCUCUGUAUCUGCCCCAGGUUCUUCUCAUUACACAGAGACCAGUUGUAUUUGUGGGAUUUCACCCAUUAUUAAUAAAACCUAUAUUUAUACAGUA